AUGACCUUUCAGAAAAAGAGAAAGAGAUUGAUUGAAAAAUCGCCAAAAGCCCGAGGUACUCCAUCCCACUCGACAAAUGCCACCGAAGAGGGUGAGACGGUAGACUCAUGUCCCGAGAGCUCAAGAGAAUCCAGCACCCCUCCACCUGACGUGAGCCCCGAAACAUCGAUACGAACCGUUCGAGUACCUCAACUUCAGGCCCUACCAGAGGGUGUACCCCCUCCCCCGACAGCGCUGGAGACAGAAGACUACUACGGUCUCUGGCGAAACAAACCCCGACUCCUGGCGCGAUCAAACUACCCGGAGGAUCAGUGGUCGGGCCUAUGCAACGACUGGUCGUAUGUGGAAGACUCUCAUCCAUUGAGACGUCUCUGGUCGGAUCCUGAGAGAAUCCUUCAGAAGGAACUUGCUGGUGUGCUGGAGUAUACAAAGUGGAACUGCUUCGAGGUCUGUCGCAUCGGAAGCGUACAGCAAGAUUGUCAGGUGAAGGUCCUGAUUAUAGCCGAGGCUGAUUCUACGUCUUGGUCGCAUGCCUGGGUUGUCGCAAGGAUGUGUAGGGAUAUCUUGAGAGGUUACGACAUUACGGAUGUUGAGGUUGAGGUUCAGGAGUGUGCCGGUUGUUGGGCUAUCGCGCGGAUACGAGAGUCGAUGGGACCUGAUGUGAGUGUACAAGAUUGUCCUAUUUGUCAUUGA